AUGACAGUACGGGGAGGGAGGAUGAGGGAGCGCGUGGCCGUCUGCGGCCUGGGGCUGCUAGUGCCGGGGCGGGAGGCAAUCAGCGCGCCCGACAAGUUCUGGGAGCUGCUGAUGAGCGGCCAGGACGCCGGCGACUUCGUGCCGGGCUGGAAGUGGUGCAACGAGACGUUCUACGACAGGGACGCCGGGAGGUUCGGCAAGACGUCCGUCGCUCGCGGCAACUUCGUGGCGGGGGACAGGAUGGCGGACUUCGACGCGGCGUUCUUCCGGCUGUCGCCCAACGAGGCCCGGGCGAUGGACCCGCAGCAUCGCUGCGCGCUCAAGUGCUCGGUGGAGGCCCUGUGGGACGCGCAGAUCGAUCCCAGCGCGUAUGCCGGCCGGAAGGUCGACGUCGUGGUGGGGAUGAUGCACGCGGAGAACCAGGACACCAUCGACAGGCUGAACGCGGCGCCCGGCGACGUGGCGCUGGGCCACGAGCGGGCGAUGUGCGCCAACCGCGUGUCGUCGUUCUUCGACUUCCGGGGCAGGUCACUCAGCGUCGACACCGCCUGCUCGAGCUCGAUGCAGGCCCUGGACCUUGCCGUGGAGGGCCUGCAGCAGGGGCAGUCGGAAAUGGGCGUAGUGGUGGGCGUCAAUUACCUUGCUACUCCUUACCUGAACAUAGCCCUGCAAAAGCUGUGUGCGAUUAGCCCCGAUGGGACAUGCAAGUUCUGUGAUGCAGCGGCCGACGGGUAUGGCAGGGGUGAGGCUGUUGUGGCGAUUGUCUUGAAGCGCCUCAGCGAUGCAGUUCGUGAUGGAAACACCAUCUACUGCACGAUUGUGGACACAAUGUCGAACCAUGAUGGGGCCAAGGACUCUGCCACGUAUCCUUCCCAGGAAGCUCAACAGGCCUUGAUGGAAAGGAUCUACAGCGAAAAUGGCUUGGAUCCCAAGGACACACAGUAUUUGGAGGCACAUGGCGCUGGCACCUAUGCUGGGGACAAGACUGAACUGGCCGCUGUGCAUGCUGCACUUAUCGCAGGGCAUGGAAGUCGAACUGGGGAGAAUCGGCUUGUUGUGGGGAGCGUCAAGACGCAGAUAGGGCACACAGAAGGGGCAGCUGGAGCAUGCUCACUGGCCAAAGCAGCGCUCAUGCUGUACCACAAGAAGAUGCCAGGCAGUCUUCACCUCACGAAGCUGAAUCCAGAAAUUCCGCUGGAUGAUUAUGGCAUUGUGGUGCCACAGACGAGCAUGGAUUGGCCCACUCCCCAGCGGGGGCUACCGCGCCGAAUGUCCAUCAAUAGCUUUGGCCUUGGCGGCAGCAACACCCAUGUCAUCUUGGAAGAAUUUGUGCAUCGGGACAGGCCUGCACUGUACCCCUCUGUCCAGGGCCAGCUUGUGCUUCCCCUGAGCGCGCACACAAAGAAAGCACUGGCUGAAUGGGUGGCUGUGUGGGUGGAAUUUCUCAAGAGCAACCAGGCUCGGUUCCUGGAGAACGCUGACACCCUCAAAGCCACAAUGCAGGCUGCAAUACAUGGCCGCUCUCAUCUGGAGCAUCGCAUAUGCAUUCUGGGAGAUUCUGUGAACGAGCUGACAACGAAUUUGGAGAAGGCACUGAAGGAACUCGAGGGCAUGGAGUAUCCAAUGAUGGGUGCUGGUCUGUAUCGGGAUGAGCCUGUCUUCAAGGCCACGCUGGAUCGCUGCUCUGCUGCCAUCCAGAGCUGGGAAGUUGGUCUUGACAUCGUGGAGGAGCUUCACAAACAAGGGGCAGACAGCAACGUUACCUCAGCUCCAAAAGCGAUGGUUCUGAUACCCGCACUUCAAAUCGCACUGACAGAUCUCCUCUGUUCGAAGGGCAUCAAACCAGCGGGUGCUCUGGGCUAUUCAAGUGGAGAGGUGGCUGCAGCAUACUGUGCUGGGGCAUUGUCCUUGGAGUCUGCAAUGUGGCUGGCACACCAGCGGUCUCUGGGGAUCAGAAUGUUCGGCCAGGCAACUUUUGAACCUGCAGCACUUGCUGUUGACCUGUCCAGGGAUGCAGCUGCUAGUAUGUUGGGGGGACUGAACCUAGAUGCGGGCACGAAGGGACAAAUUUGUAUCUCUGCCAUCGACUCUCCGCUGAGUGUGACUCUGAGUGGGGACAAACCUGCUAUUGAGGUUGCUCAGUCGUGGUGUUCUGCAAGGAAUGUGUCAGCAAGGGUCACCAAGAAGGGCGUUGCGUUGAACAGUCAUCACAUGGCUGCAGCUGCUUCAGAGCUCACAAGUUCGCUGGACAACUCCGGAAGCAAAUUCUCAUUCCAGCGCACAAACGUUCCACUGUUUUCCACAGUGACUGGUGCUUGUGUGAGCGGUCGAAAGUUGGAUUCUCACUACUGGGGGGAGAAUUUGCACAAGCCCGUGGACUUCAACGCUGCUGUGUUAACUGCGCUGAGCACUGCCCUCCCCUCGGCGAAGAAUGCAGGCCAGAAGGGGAAGUUCGAUGCCAUUGUGGAGCUUGGACCCCACCCUGCACUUUGGGAGUCGCUGAACCAGAUUUUGGCAAGUGUCCCUGGUGGCCACCCCAUGCCAGUCCAGUGCCCGAUGCACCAGCACACUGUAGGUCAAGAGGCAAAGCACUUGCACAAAUUCCUUGGGGACAUGUAUGUCCAAGGACACGGAUUGAACUGGAAGUCCGUGUUCCAUUUGCCAUCGACGACUCACAGCCCAGCCCACUGGAUUCCAAGGUUUCCAUUCCAGGAACAGCAUCUGAAGUUUCAGGGUGCCUCUCCAAGGAGGGAGCUGUUUGGUGGUGGAAAGCACAACUUGCUGGGACACAGGCUGAACAUUAGCGCCCCCACAUGGCAGAAUUGCAUCGAGGCACAAUCUGAUGGGUGCAUUGCUGACCACAAAAUCGAGCAUGCGUCUACGCUUCCAGGUGCUGCAUACAUUGAAAUGGCCCUGGCAGCAGUGCAGGAAUUGGACAGGUGCAAAUCUGACGAUGGAAUGGCUCCAAAUGGAGCCAACAACGACAAUGGAAAGGUCGAAUUGACAGAUGAGAAGUCAGGGGCAGCGGAGCAAGCCACGACAGAAACAGAGCCUGCUGGUAACACAAAUGAAGAUGCCAAAGGACAAGCUUCUGGGGACCCAGCUGCAAUAGAGACUGGGAAGGAGUGCCAGCACUACUGGGUGCUUCGAGAUGUAUCGUUCCAUUCACCACUUGCACUGGAAGGGGCACUGGCGUUGGUUCAAACAACAAUUGUGCCACAGACAAACACAGUCCAGAUUCAUUCUGCUUUCAGGCAGUCUGAAAAGGAAUCGCCAGAGCCUGCGUCGGUGGCACAGGGUUGGCAGCUGCAUUUCAGCUGCCAGUACUCGAAGUACCCAUUGAGCCAAGAUUACAAGAAGGAGGUGGAGUCGCACAUGGCCGUGCAAAAACAGCUGUCAGCAACUGGCCCUGUUUCUAAAAUCGAUCACGAGUGCCUAUACAACAAGAUGGAUCGUCUUGGCUACCGCUUUGGACCAGCACUGCGGCGGUGCCGAAACAUCUGGAGAGGCAGCAGGGUGGACAACAGGACCGAUACACUGUAUCACUUCAGUGGUUGUGACAUUCAGUUCAGUGUGGCAGAAAGUACUCGGUUCCCUGUUCCAUACAACGUUCCACCCUCCGUCCUGGACGCUGCCUUCAAUGUCACACUGGCCACCAAGUUUGAGGAUGCAAAUGCUCAAAUGUUGCCAGUGCACAUCGACAAGUUCAUGUACUUCCCACCCCAUCAAGAGGAUGGCACAGAUCAGAAAUGGAUAGAGAGGGAUUUCAGUGCCAUUGCAGAUGAGGGUGCUGAGGACUCUUCAGACAGUCAUGGCUACUCUGCUUUUGCAGAGACACAAGAUGGUGUGAGCAAGACUGAGUCUACCCAUGACAUAAGUCUCAUGUACAGGAACAGGCCGGUUGUACUGAUCAACAACUUCAUGGUCAAGAGGAUCUCAGAGCCUGGUGCUGACGAAGUUGCGCCUCUUGAUCGCUGUCUCUACACUUGUGUGUGGGAAGCACAGAAGAAAGCUGCAGGAGAGGGAGUCGCGAUGGCAGACAGGAGUGCACCAACUGCAGGAGCCUCAGGCUUGCCUGCAAGGGACCGAACUCUGCUGGUUGUUAGCCCGAAUCCAGAAAUCCAUCCCUGGAUCCGAUCUCUCAGAAGCCACAUCGCUGAUUUGAAGACAGUUUACAGCCAUGGAGUCGUCAUCAUGCAGUCGAUCAAGUCCCUGAGAGAGGUGCUGCUGGUUUUUGCCAGCAACAAACAGCUGGCAGGUGGAUCGGACAGUGCGCUGGCCUGCCAGGACUUUGACUUGAUGUACGUUUGCGAGCCUGUGGUGGAGGAAGUCCUGGACAUGGUGCACAUGCUGGAUGAAACCAGGCUGUGGUUGGACCUCGUGUUGCCCCAGGAGGGCAACGGUCAAACGCCUAUGACUGACCAUCAUGCAUUUUUCGUGUCGUUUGGAGGGAAUGCAGACUCGCCUUGUCCAGGGGUGGCCCCGGUCAUGGGGUUUGGCCGGACCCUCCAGACAGAACACGCACUGGAGGGCGUGAAAUGCUCUCUGGUGGACAUGGAACCCCUGGAGACUUGCCCAGCGGACAAGUCCUUUCAGCUGUUUUAUGAGCAAGUGUUUCAAGACCAGCGGAUGCAUGAUGAGUUCGAGCUGGCCAUUCGCAACGACUCAGUCAUCCUGCCCCGGCUCAAGAGACUUGAUUUCAAGAGCACAAAGGGUCCCUCCAUCCUUGACUCUUCGACGACAUUUGAGUCAGCCACUGCCUUGCCUGUGCAAGGGAGUGUGAGCAGCACUGAGGAGGUUGGUCUGGAGAUCGAAGACGCCCCUGCUGAACGGGAGGAAGGCGCCUUGGGCCAAGAUGGCACAGCCGCUCGCGAGUUGGCACACGAGUACUCCAACUACUGCAUGAAGCAGGAAGUCGUUGGUGAUCUCAACAGUCUGCACUUUGAGGCCUGUGAGAAACCCAAGCACCUCGACCCACGGAAUGCAGUGGUGCAGGUUCAGGCAGUGAGCUUGAAUUACAAAGAUGCUCUUCUGCUAAUGGGAGAGAUUGAUGCAUCUGCUCUUGAGGGUGGCUGGUCAGUGGACGCGAUCGGUGUUGAGUGCUCAGGCAUCAUCACAGAGGUUGGAAGCGAGGCACCUGACUGGAUCCAUGUUGGCGACCGUGUGAUAGCUUCACCGCUGGAGAGACAGGGGGCUUUUCAGAAGUUUAUCGAGGUCCCAGGGCACAGUGUGACAAAGGUGCCAGAUGGCCUGGAUCUGGAGAUUGCAAGUGGGCUGGCUGUUGCAGGAGGCACCGCCCAUGCUUGCCUCAAUGACCUUGCGCAUUUGGAAGCAGGAGAGACUGUUUUGAUUCAUUCGGCAGCAGGGGGGGUUGGUACAUUUGCUGUGCAGAUAGCUCAUGACCUCGGGGCAACAGUGAUUGCAACAGCGUCGACCCCUGACAAGGCUGACUUUCUGAGGGGAAUUGGGGCAGACUAUGUGUUUCAGUCGAGAACCCUGGACUUUGUGGAAGACGUGCGCAAGGUCACCGAUGGAAGGGGUGUCGACGUUGUGCUGAACAGCUUAAGUGGCCGUGCCACUCAAGAGACCAUGAAACUCCUGGCCCCCUUUGGUCGCUUUGUCGAGAUUGGGAAGAGGGACAUCAUGGAGCGCCAGAUGGCGCCAAUGCAGAAUUUUGUGAACAAUGGCACCUACCACGUGUUUGACAUGGACAGAAGGCGAAAGGCACACUACAUGUUCAUUGAGGAGACACUGCAGAAGAAGAAAAUGGAGGGGGCCGAUGGCAAGGGUGCCCAGCAGUCAAAAGAUCUUCAGAGACGGCUCAAGAGUGUGAAGUCCAUCGUGUCCAGGAUGGCGGGCUUUAUGACUGAAUUCAUCGAGAAAGGGUGGAUCAUACCCACGAAGGUGUACGAUGCGCAGAAUGUCACUGAGGCUUUCAAACAAAUGCUGAACGGCGACCACAUAGGGAAACUGUGCAUACGUCUCCCGCCUGUGCUUGCUCAGCCACAUCCAUCAGCAGCCACAGCAUCCAAGGAAGGUGCUGGAUUGUUGGUCUACAAGAACUAUAUGUCCCCCCCCGACAUUUAUUGCCAAGACGAGACCUACAUAAUCGUUGGGGGAACAAGCGGGCUGGGGCUGGAAAUUGCAUGGACCAUGGCAAUGUCUAUGGAGAAUGCAUACCACAUCUGCCUCAUCAGUCGGAGUGGUGGGCAGGGGUCUGCGGAAUUGGCAAGAAAGCUGAGUCUGUUGAAGAGGUAUGUGCCGCACAAGAACGUUCAGGCGUUCUCAGUGGACGUCACGGAUGAGAAGGCCCUUGAGGAAUUUCUGGAGAGCGUGCGGUCAGGGAAGAGGGCUCCCUUCCCUCCAACGAUUGGAGGCAUCAUUCACUCUGCAGUGGUGCUGAUGGAUCAGAUUAUCAGGGACAUGAGCGGACAGGACAUGGUGAAGGCACUGGAGCCCAAAGUGAGGGGAGCAUAUCUGCUGCACAAACACACGAUUGGAGAUCCUCUUCGCUUCUUUGUGACAUUCAGCUCCAUUGCAAGCCUUUUGGGUGCCUACCACCAGGCCAACUAUGCUGCAGCCAACAGCUAUCUUGAAGGUCUGGUGCGGUACAGAAGGGGUCAGGGCCUUCCUGGCCUUUGCCUGCAGUGGGGUGCCAUCGCCGAUACGGGUGGCUUGGCUCGGGAUGGAAGUUUGAUUGGCAAAAUGUCAGGGAAUGCCCCAGUGCAGAUGGUGACGCCACCUCAGUGUCUGUCGACGCUAUUCACCUACAUCUCCACAGAUGCCAAGUCGCAAGGCACCACACGAUUUUGGGCACCGAAUUCGUCUGGCAAGCCAGGUUUCCUGCAAGUGAAGGGCAACCAAGGGGAUUCAGUGCUGUACAGUGACGACCAUGUCGUGCUGUGCGCUGCUGUCAACUGGAGAGUCUUUGAGAUGGUUUUCCGGCGCCAUGCAAUGACAAGCAAAUUUGUGGAUGUUGUGGAAGAAGCGAAAUCUGCAAGAGAAGGCAUGAAGCUGGGCGGAGGUUUCGAGCUCGUCAGCAGGAUUGAAGGCGCUGGUCCUGAAGGAGGGAAGAAGGUUCUGGCCGAUGCUAUAACUGCGACAGUGGCUGAAUUGAGUGGGCACGAUGAGGAAGCUCUGGAGAGAACAGCCCCGUUUUCUUCAUUCGGUUUGACCACUGGGCAGCUUUCACAGCUGAAGAGCUGGGCGGAGGGAUCGCUUCCUGUCACCCUGUCCACUGCUCAGCUGAGCCACUCCUCCACGAUUGACUCGCUUUCAGAGUGCCUUAUUGAUGGCAUGAUGGGAGUGUGCCCCGAUGAGCCAGAUAUCAACAGUGACCUUGGCAGCGGCUUGGGCAAGGACAUUCUCGAUGAGUUUCUUGGGAAUAUCAAGCAGUCUGGUGACAUCAUUCUUGAGGGCAACAAUGCCAUCGAUCCAGACUUGGUGGCUUUCGUGUUCCUUGGAAUCGAUUCCCCAUCUGCUGCCCAUGACCAUGCAUCGAAGGUUGCCCUGCUGAAGCUGGACAAGGUCCAGGUUUGUUUGGUGCGGCUGCCGUACUGUGUGAGGCAACCAGGUGCCAUUGACUGGACAGGUGAUAUGGACAAGUCAGUGGUGGCCAUUCGCAGAUAUAUGACAGGGACAUGGAACAAACACAAGGAUGAUGCACUCACCCUCCCGUUUGUGUUCAUUGGGGAAGGAUUUGGUGCAUUGGUGGCAACGGAGAUCGCACGCAGGAUGCAAGUGGCAGAAGGGCCGGCCCCUGUUCACCUGGCUGCCAUUCAUGCGUUCAGCCCUCAGGUGCUGGCCAGGCAGUAUGCCACUCCGGCUGCAGAGGCUUCUCAGGGCCAGACACCACAACGUGCGGCCAACAGUUCAGUCAGUUGGGGUGGCUCUAGGACGGCUGCCAUCUGCCAGUCCUUCUUUAGCACCAACAAGAACUACAAGUCCAGCGAGCAAACUGCGGUCCUCAGUGGAUUUGACGUGACAGCAGUGUAUCGCAGAAUGGACAAGGCUCUCACAGAAGGAUGGAACCACAUUACGUCCGGCAAGGUGACUUUUGCAGAAGAGGAACAUCCAAAUCCAGCUCGCUUGUUGAAAGAGCUGCUGCAGGCCAAGCGGUACAAGAGCAAGCCAUCGGUUUCAUGGAUUGAUGAGAUUCAUAACCAAAUAGAAGAGUUGGCAGCUGAUGGGAAGUCGCCAAGCUCUGUUGUAGAGGGCAAAUGGGAGGCCCUGACAAAGAUGGGGGCUGUAGGUUCCACCGCGGCAAUUGAUUACGAUGCCAUAGCCGAUCUGGAGGCAUCAAGCUGCCUGCACGAGUUGCUGAAGGAAAACCGGGCCAGCAGCAAGGUGAAAGCGGCGAUCAAUGAAGAAGCCUCCAAGAAGUGCAUGAACGGGUGGGGGCAGUCCGAAACGCAGCUUGACAAGAUGCUGCUGAGAGAAAUUCAGAAGAAGUCAGAGGCGGAAGGCUGUGUAGUGGUCCAGAUUUCUGCUUUCGAGGCCCCCACAAGAUUCCAGAGGCUUCCAUUGUGGCCGUACAUGUGUGAAGGGAAAGUGGAGUGGGUGGACAUUGCCAUCGAUCCCAUGGCGACGGCGCGAUCAGCUCGUGUAUGCAAGUCGGGUUGCGGCUACAGAUUGUUCAAUGUCCCCUCAAGCAGCUCCGAGGAGUACAUGCAGGACAUCAGGUGGCACCUCAGCCUCCAUGCGGAUCCCAGCACCCACAACUUGUCCCCCAUUUUCGUGGUGUUCAGCGACCUUGCCAGACAUGUGCCGCUGGCUCUGGACAUCAUGCGCGAGUUGACAGAUGCCCUUGGAUCUCGACUUGAAGGCGUGUUUGCUGGUCAUGAAGCGCAGAAGCUUCUGCAGGCGAGUGAAGACAAGGUCACCAAAUCACUGCUGAAAAAGAUAUUCAAGAAGACCAAGAAGCUCCUGUCGAGCAGCCCUCGUCCGCCAAAAGCCGCGGCCCCCGCCACCGCUUCGAGAGAAAGCAGCCCAGAGCUGCCCAAGAGGGAAGACAGCCAGAGCCUCGUGGAGAGGGCAGACAGCCGAACGUCGAUGUCGAGCAAGAUGUCCAAGGCACCCCCGUCCAUGAAGAGGUCAAGCAGCACGCCAGUCCCUGCAAUGCUGCCUCGGGGUUCCUUGAGGCUGUAG